AGAUAAAGUGGGAAAGAAGACUUUUCAUCAAAAGUGAAAGAACUUUUUUUUAAAAGAACUUUUUUGUAGUAUGUGAAAUAUCGCCUAUUCAAAAAGUAAAUACAACACAAGUACAGUGCAAACUGUGAAUCUGCCCCUGUAAAUUGCAUUUCUCCUGCCCCUACCGCUCUCCCCACCCACAGUCUCAAAACACGUGCUAAAAAAGUAAGCUAAAUUCCAUCACGUACUUGCUCCAGAUCGUCUAAGGUUUUGCAUCAAACUCAGAGGAAGGCCUAUAUUUUACCUCUGACUUCAUUUAUUACUCUCCCCUUACCUCAUUCUGUCUCAGCUACAUUGACAUUUUUGUUGCUCAGAGAUGGCUCGCUCACUCCUUUCUUUCCUACAGUUUUCUUCCUAGACAUCUCAAUGAUUUCCCCGAUAACCUCAUUUAAAACUCUUACGCCCUUCACACUGAUUAUCUUGUUUUCUUCUCCGUGGCACCGCUCAGCAUCUGAUACACAAUAUUCAAAAGUCUGAUUACUGAUUGUUUCCCUUACGUAGAACGUAAAUUCCACGAGAGCAGAGGGCUUCUAGAGCGUAAACAUGUGCGUGUACUGCGUGAGAACAGAAGUUAAGAAUCCAACAACACUGGAGUUCGGAACACUGAUGCCACGACGUCAGGACCCCGAAAGUUCUUCCCCGUCUCUGGAGGGGGAAAUACUUCAGCUCCGGGAGAGAGCCGGCAGAAAACCAGGUGACACCAAUGCUGCGGCACCUUAUAUACAAAAUCAAGGCAACUGGUCCCAUCACUGUAGCCGAGUACAUGAAGGAGGUCUUGACCAACCCUGCCAAGGGAUAUUAUGUGUACCGUGACAUGCUAGGAGAAAAAGGAGAUUUCAUUACUUCACCGGAAAUAAGUCAGAUCUUUGGGGAGCUGCUAGGUAUAUGGUUCAUUAGUGAAUGGAUGGCCACUGGAAAAAAUGCAGCUUUCCAGCUUGUGGAAUUGGGCCCAGGAAGGGGUACCCUCACAGGAGAUAUUUUGAGGGUGUUCAGUCAGCUUGGAUCUGUGCUGAAAAACUGUGACAUUUCAAUACAUCUGGUAGAGGUGAGCGAAAAAUUGAGUGAGAUUCAAGCAUUAACACUGACGGAAGAGAAGAUCCCGCUAGAGCGGAGUGCUGGGUCCCCCGUAUGUAUGAGAGGCGUUACUAAAGCUGGGAUUCCAAUCUCGUGGUACCGAGAUCUGCAGGAUGUUCCGAAAGGGUACAGCUUUUAUCUGGCACAUGAAUUUUUUGACGUUCUUCCCGUGCAUAAGUUUCAGAAAACACCCCAGGGAUGGCGAGAAGUACUCAUUGAUAUCGACCCACAAGUUUCUGAUAAGCUGCGGUUUGUUUUGGCGCCUGGUGUCACGCCAGCAGAAGUCUUCAUACAACGUGAUGAAAUGAGGGAUCACGUGGAAGUGUGUCCUGAGGCUGGUGUUAUCAUUCAGGAGCUUUCUCAGCGCAUCGCACUAACCGGAGGUGCAGCACUGAUCGCCGAUUAUGGUCAUGAGGGAACGAAGACAGACACCUUCAGAGGGUUUUGUGGCCACAAGCUUCAUGACGUCCUGACUGCCCCUGGAACGGCGGACCUCACAGCCGAUGUGGACUUCAGUUAUCUGCGCAGAAUGGCAGGGGGACAAGUAGCUUCUCUCGGGCCAAUAAAACAACAGAUGUUUUUAAAAAAUAUGGGCAUUGAUGUCCGGCUGAAGGUUCUUUUAGACAAAUCAGAUGAGCCAGCCAGACAGCAGUUACUUCAGGGGUAUGAUAUGAUAAUGAAUCCUCAGAAGAUGGGAGAAAGAUUUAAUUUUUUUGCCUUGCUGCCUCAUCAGAGACUUCAUGGGAGAAGCCAUCCGAUGGAUGCCUGCCAGUCAAAGCCCUCUGUGUCACCCGUAGCUGGGUUUGGUGAACUUACCUGGCGGUGAUCUCAGUGUGGUCAUUUUACCCCUAAGUCUGCUUAAGAAAGCAAAAUAAAGGGAACGUGGUUCAUAGAUCACAGGUAAAAUAAGUAUUACAAUAUUUUAUGUCUUUAUCACCAAUAAAAAUGGACUGUCUUACAUACAGUACAAUUAAAUAUUGAUCUUUUACGGCCGUGUCUAGCUUUUGGCACAAUUGUGUGCUUUUGGCUUAAUGAAACAAGUUACUGAGAAACUAAGUGUCCUUUAUUAAGGCUAGUUGCUUUAUUUUUAUUUUUUAAAAAAUAAACAUGAACACUGACUGGUUUAGCAAAAACUGAAACCUAACUGGUCUUUCAUAGGGAAUGGAUUAAAUAGAACUAUCCAUAUAUUAUUUUUUAAAAAUGAGGUAGAACAGUAUGUUCUGACUCAUCUCUUAAGAAUGUGGGAAGUGAAAAAAGUAUAGUGGAGAAUGUUUUAUAAUUAGGAUUCCAUUUUUGUUGGGGGAAAAGCUACAUUUAAAGAAAUGCUUGUAACUAAUUUCAUAAAAAUUAAUAUAUUAGUGCACACUGGUUUUCUGUGGUGGUUACUUGUAUAUAAAAUGUAAGGAAAGGAUGCCUAGUAAUCACUAUUAAAUAUCCCACUGUGGAAGUGGGUUUUCAGGGUGGAAAUUGUUCUCCUUUGUGGUAAAUUUUCUACCCUCUACUUCUGUGAAUUUUAUAAUUAAAAAACUUUAGGGGUGCCCAGGUGGUUC